AUAUAACCCUGCAAUCUCAAAAACCAAAAUCCACAAUCGAAGAAAAAGAAUCAAAUAGAAAAAGACUCCAAAAUCAUCUAUGGCAUCUACACAUCAACAAGAACAAGACCAAUCAGCUUUAGAUCGCAUAACCCAACACCUUCUUACCGAUUUUCCUUCCUUAGAGACCUUUGUCUCAAACAUCCACCACAGCACCACCUCCACUCUAAGCCAACGCAAGCCACCUCUUGCCACCAUUGCAGUUACUACUGCACCAGUGGCUCAAGAGGAUGAUCAAAGGCAUUACAGAGGCGUGAGGCGAAGACCGUGGGGUAAGUAUGCAGCUGAGAUCAGAGACCCAAACAAGAAAGGUGUUCGUGUCUGGUUAGGGACUUUUGACACAGCCAUGGAAGCUGCAAGAGGCUACGACAAGGCUGCUUUUAAACUACGAGGAAGUAAAGCCAUUCUUAACUUUCCACUCGAAGCAGGCAAGUACAAGGACUUAGAAGACAACAACAACAAUAAUAAGACUGUAUUUUUAAAGGCAAAGAGGAAGAGACAAGUAAUGGAGGAUGAAAGCCAUGGAAGUAACCUGUGUAUCCAUAAAGCUGUGAAGAGAGAAGAAGCAGAAGUUCAGUCUCAGGCUGAGGCUUGUCCGUUAACGCCGUCAAAUUGGAUGGGGUUUUGGGACGGAGAAGACAGUAAGGAGAUGACAAUAUUCGCCGUGCCUGCGUUAUCUCCUUAUCCAUCUUGUGGAUACUCUCAACUCGUCCUUACAGAAGCUUUUGGGUCAAAUUGUGAACAUUAGGUGACAUCAACUUUGGAUUACUCUCAAAACAAGCAAAACAUUAAAAAAAAUCGAACUUGUUGAUCUUAAGGGUUGUAUUCAAGAUUCCUCAUGGAGUGAACUAGCUUCUAGAUUAGUUGACUGUAAUUGCUAUACUAUAUUCAUUCAUUCUUCUAAAAUGCAAUUCUUUCAACCUC